UAAAUACUGCAAUUCUUUCAAGGAAAGUCCUCUUUCUUUCAUGCUACAGUGGCUAGGUGGUUUGUUGCAGCUCUGCUAAAAAUAACUAAUUUCCUCAUUUCACUCUGAAAUCACAAAUUCAUUUUUUCAUAUUUUUUAGCUGUGGGCUCACUUGGAGCCAGUUUGUGUCUGUGAAUAUGCUGACUGACAACAUGUUACUGACCGUCUUCUUUGUUUCAGGUGCUCUGGCUGCUUGUCCUAAAGAGCCAUCCCUAUUCAUUACUGCACCAAAGAACAUGGAAGCACUGAGUGGAUCUUGUCUGGUAAUCCCAUGUAACUUUAGUGCUAAAUCAGAUCAGGAAUUCAACAGCACAAGAACAACCUUCGGAGUGUGGAUUAAAACUGACUCCAGAGUUAGCAUCAAUAAAAAUAUUAUAUUCAACAGUAGUGGGACAGUUACCUACUAUCCAAUGAGUAUUACUGGAGACCUGAGACAGAAAAAAUGCACCACCUUGUUUUCCAGUUUAAUAACAAGUUACACAGACACAUACUUCUUCAGAAUUGAGAACGGGCCAUUCACGGCAACAGCUGAUUGUAAUCCUCUUCAAAUAACAGUUCAAGAUUCCCCCCCGAGGCCCAGAAUUGAGAUCUCAGGUGAUCUGAAGGAGAAGGAGUCUGUCACUAUAAGCUGCUCAGCUUCCACUCCCUGUCCACACUCCCCUCCUAAACUCACCUGGAAUCUCCAACAAGACCCUCACAACAACAUAGAGGAGAACACAGAUCACACCUUCACAACUAAAAUCCAGAAGACCAUCACUCUGUCAGACACACAUGAUGGAUUCACCAUCAGCUGUUCUGCCACAUAUCCUGUGAAUGAAGGAAGAGAAGUCAAGACAGCAGAGGAGAGAAAGACUCUCAGUGUUUCAUACCCUCCCAAAGAUGUUAUGGUGGUCAUCAGUCCCACUGAUCCAGUGUCAGUCGGCAGCGUGGUGAACCUGACUUGCUCCUGCAGAGGAAACCCUCCUGUUGUCAACUUUGUCUGGUUCAUGAUCAGUGAUGGCAGACUGGAACUGAUCAAAGCUGAUACACAGGUUUAUGACUUUAAAGUGACCAACGGUGAUCGAGGCAGAUUGUAUUUUUGUGGAUGCAGAAAUGAUCUGGACAUUCAACUAUCAACAGGAUGUCAGUUGAUAUUUGAAGGUGAACAGGUUGGUGUUGAAGUUAUAUUGAAGAUCCUGGGAGUCAUAAUGCUUGUCAGCACAUUGGUCAUCUUUGAGUGCUGGUUUAGAUCAAGACGCUCCACAGAACCAGUGAAGGACAGAGGAGAAGCAGUUUAUGUCAACAGAGCAGUUGAGUUACAUCCAUCAUGAGCUAGAAGGAGAUGAAGAAGAUGUUAUGUUCAACAUGCUGUAUUGUCGAUGCUGCAUUUAUUAGUCUUAGUGUGCCACUUGAUAUAAAGUGUAGAUUUUCACUAAAUACUCAAUGGUAUUAAUUCUUAAAGGCUUGAAUAAUAUUUUUGUAUUUUUUUCUGCUCUCUCUUUGUUAAAAUCAACAUAAAAAGUAAAAGCAUCUUCUUUAAUCAUUUAUCUCAGGUUGAACUGAGUCACAGCACCGGCUUUUUUCUUUUGUUAUUAAGAUACCAAAAAGAUGCUUAGACCAUGUGUCAUUUUCAUCACUUAAUUGGUGUUUCCAUUGGAUGCAUGUAAAGUGUGUUAAAUGAAAUAAAAAUGGUUUGAAAAAGACAGAA